AUGCCCGGAUAUAACGAUCUCAACCUUGUGGCUAUCACAACAUCCCUGCAUAAAAGCAAUCCUGGGGUAACCAAUGUAUUUCGUGUUCGCACUAACCGGAUACGAAUCACCGUUAGCGACCGAAUGCAGCCGAACGCUAUAGCAGCUGACCCACAAUUUACCGAUCAUUAUCGGAUGUACAACCUAGGUGGAAUAGUCGAGGUAGCAGGAGUCGUGGAUGACCUGGAUAUUGCAUCCGAAGAACUGCUAAAAUCUAACGGACAGCAUACGGGCCCGAAUGCAAAUCACUCGUGGCACAGUUGGUUGCGGAGCAGUCUGAACUCGAUCAGCCGGCAGCAGCAGCAGCACAUCGCCGAUCGGACAGGUGAUAACGUGCGAGGCGACAAUGGGGACGGCCAUGGCGAUGGGAUCGCACCAGAGGAUGGUACCGACAGUGCCGGUGGCCCCCUGCCCCGGUUCGGUAGUCGAUGGGACGAGUGCAGCGUGCUGGAGGAGGCACCCACCGAUAUCACCACCGUGGACGAGUAUGGAAAAUUCGAUUUCCAGCCGGAAUGGAUGAAAACCAAGGAAUACUGGGAUAAAGAUUUCGAAACGCGCUAUGAAAAGCUGCAAAAGGAUCUGAAAAGGCCACCCCUAAAGAUUGUGGUGGUUCCGCAUUCGCACAAUGAUCCUGGAUGGCUGAAAACCUUCGUCAACUACUUCCAGUCAGAUUCGCGCCAAAUUCUGAACCUGGCCGUCACGAAAAUGCCCGAGUACGGCAACAUGUCGUUCAUCUGGAGUGAAAUCAGCUUCCUGCAGCUGUGGUGGGAUCAGGCCCAUCCGACGAAACAACGGAUACUAAAGAAAUUGGUACAAUCUGGCCGAUUGGAAAUUACUACCGGAGGCUGGGUGAUGACGGACGAAGCGAACGCUCAUCUGUACGCAAUGGUUGAUCAGCUAAUUGAAGGACACCAGUGGGUAAAGGCGAACCUAAACAUAACGCCCAAGACGGGCUGGAGUAUUGAUCCGUUCGGGCAUGGCAGUACGGUGCCGUAUUUGCUUGCUGCUUCCGGUUUCAAGGGCACGAUCAUUCAGCGCAUCCACUACGCCUGGAAGCAGUGGUUUGCCCGCCACCGGUACGGAGAUUUUCUCUGGACGCCGUACUGGAAAAAUCCAUCGGACGGUGGCGCCAGUCAGGCGCGCGCUCACAGCAUGCUAACGCACAACAUGCCGUUCGACAUCUAUUCGAUCAAGCACUCGUGCGGUCCGCAUCCAUUCAUCUGUCUGAACUUUGAUUUCCGGAAGAUCCCGGGCGAGUACACCGAGUACUCGAUCAAGGCGCAGUUCAUCACGCCGGAAAACAUCGAAGCCAAGGCGGACCUGCUGAUGGAGCAGUACUCCCGCACGGCCUCGUUGUUCCCGCACAACGUGGCACUCAUCCCGGUCGGGGACGAUUUCCGCUACAACAAGGAGAAAGAAAUGGAGCAGCAGUACACGAACUACAAGAAGCUGAUCGACUACAUCAACGAGCAUCGGUCGAAGUACAACGCUGAGAUCAGCUUCGGCACGCCGGUGGACUAUUUUAACGCGAUCCGCGAACGGUACGAUCGGUUCCCGACGCUCAAGGGCGACUUCUUCGUGUACGCAGACAUCUUCAACGAGGGCCGGCCGGCGUACUGGUCCGGUUACUUCACCACCCGCCCGUACUACAAGAUACUGAGCCGCGAGCUCGAGCACAACCUGCGCAGCCUUGAGAUACUGUUCACGAUCGCGUUCAACCGGGCGCGGCAGACCGGCAGCUCGAACGCGUUCAAAAUUUACGAAAAGAACUACGAAAAGAUGAUACUGGCGCGGCGCAAUCUGGGGCUGUUUCAGCAUCAUGACGCCAUCACCGGCACCUCGAAAGCGAACGUGAUGCGCGACUACGCGCUGCGCCUGUUCGAGAGCAUCCAGGACACUGUGAAGCUGCAGGAGAAAACGAUCGAGCUGCUGGUGCAGCGGAAACCGCACGACCAGCAGCAGCACGGCUUCCUAAUCGGCGAGCUCGAGCGGGACAACUUUGGCAAGCUGCCGCGCAAAACGCCCAUCAUCGUGACGGAGGGCCGCAGCACGGACUUUAUCGUGUACAAUGCGCUCGCCCAGGAGCGACUAGAAGUCGUCACGAUACGCACGCUGACGCCGCGCGUCAAGAUACUGGACGCGGCUGGCAAAGCGAUCGACAUCCAGAUCAACCCGGUGUGGAACAUUACUGAGACGUCGUACACGUCGCGCAAGAUCGUCCCCUCGGACAAGGAGUACGAGGUGAUGUUUGUGGCCCGGCUGGCGCCGCUCUCGCUCACCACCUACACGGCGGCGUACGACGAGGACGGCUACCAGGGCAAGAUGGCCACGCUGUACUGUACGGAGUGUCAGGACGAGAAGACGAAAGCGUUCGAGGUGCGCACCAAGCAGCCGGGCGACAUCCAGCUGGAGAACUACAAGAUGCGGCUGCUGUUCGACGAGCAGAGCGGCUUCCUCAAAUCGGUCACAAAGAAGCACAUGGGCAAGCAGAUCCAGUGCGCGAUCAAGUUCGCCGCGUACAAGAGCGCCCAGUUCCAUUCCGGCGCGUACCUGUUCAAGACCGAUCCGGAGCAGCGCAACUCGGAAAAGGACGUGCUGGAGCAGUACAGCGACAUGACGAUCCUGAUCACGUCCGGCCCGCUGGCCAGCGAUGUGACCGCCAUUUACGGGCCGUUCCUAGCGCACACGGUGCGCAUCUACAACUCAAACAGCGUGCUGGAUAGCGCGAUCUACAUCGAGAACGAUAUCGACUUCGAGGCACCGCCGAAGAACCGCGAGACGGAGCUGUUUAUGCGCUUCGUGACCGACAUCGAGAAUGGCGCUAGCGAAAACCCGGAGUUUUACUCCGACCUGAACGGCUUCCAGUACCAAAAGCGCGUCAAGGUGUCGGCUAUCGGGGUGGAGGGUAACUACUUCCCGAUCACGUCCGGCGCCUUCAUCCAGGACGAUCGGAUGCGGCUGACAUUGCUGACGACGCACGCCCAGGGUGCGGCAAGCCUCGAGCCGGGCCAGCUGGAGGUAAUGCUCGACCGGCGCACGUUGUACGACGAUUACCGCGGCAUGGGCGAAGGUGUGAUCGAUAGCCGGCUAACGCGUCACCGGUUUUGGCUGACGCUAGAAACGAUCGACGCACAGCAGCCACCGAACGUGGAACCAGCCGCACCGAAUGGGCAGGAGGAACAGGAGCCGCAACAGCAGCACCAGCAGAAGGAAAGCAGCACCACUACCUCCGACCCGUACCAGCUGCCCAGCAUCUUUGCCAAUGCGCUAGCGAACGGGCUCAACUAUCCGGCCAACCUGUUCAUCGUCGAGCGGUACGACGAGAGCAAUCAGCUCGAGCUGAACCGAGCGGUGCGCCUUCUGCGCGUCCAGUUUCCUUGCGAUCUGCACGUGCUGAAUCUGCGCACGCUCACCGAAAACAAUCUGCCCCUGUUUCCCUCCAGCUCGGCGCUGCUCGUACUGCAGCGGCAAGGGUACAGCUGUCGGAUAGGCGGCGAGGAGAUGAUCGGUUACUUCUGCGGUAACGGCAGUAGCAGCAGCAGUAGUAGUGGUAGCAGCAGCACUAGCAAUCCUGCCAACAAUGCUGUCAUCGAUGGCGGCGGCGGUGGAGAAAGAGAAGGAGGUGGUGGAGAUAAUGAGAUCAAUCAGCAUCAUCCGACGGAGCCACGGGAGCUGCAACUGUUCCGGCGGUUACGAAUCGACGCGAUCCAGGCGACCUCACUGACCGGGCUGCAUCCGGGCGAACGGCUCGCCUCCUUCACCGACAUCUAUCUCGAGCCGAUGGCACUCAAGACAUACAAUCUGACCUUUGCAAAGUAAAACCCACAUUGCACUGACGAACCCCCCCUCCCGCAGAUAGGAGGGGGGAUGAGUUCCAAAGGGCAGCAUCGCGUAAAAGCUGACGCGCGCAUUCCAAGCAUUCCACAGUCGAAAGGGAGAGUAUCCUCAACGGAAAAUGGAAGAUGGUAGCAGCCGGCGAAAGGGAUGAAGAAAUAAUCCUCUUCGGGCAUCUCUAGGACAUAAAACAAGAGAAAACUCCUCAGCGUGUGUGUGUGUGUGUUUGUAUUCAAUUAGUCAACAAUUAGGAGAAACGGUUGGCCACAGACACAAGCGCCAAGACGUUAGACCACACAUGACCACAGUAAAUAUCACUAAACGAAUGGAA